AACAUAAGAGUCGGAGAUAUCUUCCAACACAGGUUCUGAUAAACAGCUUUUGAUCAUCAAUCAGCCUUUCGAGUUUCCACUAAAUAUUUUGGUUUCGAAUUUUUCGACGAGAGAAAAUGGCUUCUCAUCAAGAACAGGGUUUCAAAGCUGGUGAGACCAGAGGCCAGACUCAGGAGAAGACAGGACAAGCUAUGAGAGCGAUGGGGGAGAAGACAGAUGUAGCUAAGGACAAAACUCAAGGAGCAGCCCAAUCAGCCCAACAAAAGACCCAUGAAACAGCUCAAGCAGCUAAAGACAAGGCAUCUCAAGCCGCACAAACAACUCAACAGAAAGCUCAAGAGUCCAAGGACAAAACGGGAAGCUACAUGUCAGAGACAGGAGAAACAAUUAAGAACAAGGCACAAGAUGCAGCAGAAUAUACCAAGGAGACUGCAGAAGCUGGUAAGAACAAGACCGGUGGGAUCUUGGGCCAAACCGGUGAGCAAGUGAAGCAAAUGGCUAUGGGAGCUACUGAUGCGGUUAAGCACACUUUAGGGCUUGGUACUGAUGAAGGAAACAAAGAACAUGAUUCUUCAGCUCCAACCUCUACUACUACGACCACUACUCAUGCGACAGAGAGGAAGUGAGAUGAAGAGUUGUUUUCUGUUCUUGAUUUGUACGUUUGUUUGUCUUGAUUUUGUUUUGUGUUGUGUGGUUCUGCAUGUUGAUCUUUGUUGAUGCUUAUUGUUUAAAUGCGCUUAUACGUACACUAUUAUGUGAUGGUUUGGUUUAUUAAAGACAUGUUUUAU